AAUCCACAAUAAGUCAGCACGCUUUAGUUGGUGUUGGUUGAAUUUAACAAUGGAGAGUUUGAUUGUGAUUAUUCUGGUAAUAAUGCCAGGUGUGUGGAGCGGAUCCUGGAGGGUGACCCUCAAGGAUCAGUGUGCUCUGAGAGGGACAUCAGUAGUUAUUAAGUGCCAGUAUGACUAUCCUUUAGGUCAUAUUGUGACCUCAGCCGGCUGGUCUAAAGCCCUGUAUGUGUCUGGCGAAUGGGAGAAGUUUCUCCUCUCACAGCUCCCUUCACCCCCACACCACUUUAAAUAUGUGGGCAACUACUGGAGCGACUGUAAUCUGCUGGUCAACGAUGUCCAACACACCGAUGAAGGAGAAUACUUCUUUCAUUUUGUGACGACACUCAACAGAUGGAGAAGUCAAAUACCUGCUCAUCUGUCCGUAAGAGAGUUGACCGCUGCUGUCCAGCCGAGCGCUGUGACAGAGGGAGACGAUGUCAGUCUGGACUGUGUGUCAGGUUGUCCUACGCCUAUAAACAUCGUCUGGUUCAGAGAUGGACAACGGGUACCAAAGCCAGUCUUCCAGGCCGGCAGAGAGGAUACUGGGAGGUACCACUGUGCCGUCCUAGAACAAGAGACGGUCAGAUCUGCCUCCGUGGCUCUGAAUGUUCAAUAUGCUCCCAGCAAAGUCACGUUGUCAGUGAGUCCGUCAGUCGUCAAAGGAAGUCCGGUGACUUUGACCUGCAGCAGUGAUGCCAACCCUCCUGUGACCCACAGUGGAUACAACCUGUAUAAAGACGGACGCUUCAUCAGUUCAGGACAGAAUCACACCAUCUCUGCCGUCCAGCCCAGACACAGUGGACCGUACUACUGUCAGGCCUGGAAUAACAUCAGCCGGGGGGGCGUCGACCUGAUUAACUCUACUGAGGUUCACCUGGAUGUCCAGUACGGUCCAGAGAACAUUUCCAUCUCAGUGGAGCCGCCACAUGUAGUUGAGGGCAGCAGUGUGAACCUGACCUGCAGCAGUGCUGCUAACCCUGCAGCAGACAGCUACACCUGGUACAGGGUGAGUUCUGGCUCCAUGCUGCAGGUGGGAUCAGGACAGGUGCUGUCCCUCCCCUCUGUGGACAUGUCCCACGCUGGACUCUACCUCUGCCGGGCGGGGAACCAACUAGGGGGAAACAACUCAACCGAGGUGCUGCUCGCCGUGAAGGAAAAGAACCGUGGCCGCCGGUCCCUCCCAAUCCUAGCUGGAGUUGGAGUCUCUAUUUUUGUGACACUUCUUAUUUUGUUCUGGCUGAAACAGAGGACCCGUGCAGAGAAAAAGCAGACUGUGUAUGACUUCAGGCUCAGUGGGAGAGGCUCAAGCUCUUCAGCGUCUGGAGAUCCAUCUAACAGAGUUUAUGACAACAUCCACUCGCUGCCGCCGUCGUCUCCUCUUGCUCAGGACAUCGCUCCUCAUUCACAGAGGAGGUCCCACCCUGAACCCGAUGACGCCACAUCUUAUGAAGACGAGGUCACCUACUCAACAGUGACCAUUAAACCCAGAAACCUCCGUCCUCCACAUCUCAUACACAACUCCUGGUCCAGAGCCUGUGGGCACGACGACUCUGUGAUCUACACUUCACUGGCUCAGUCCAGCUGAGUGUGACCGGAAACUUCCACUUGUCUCGUCAUGUGGCGUCUCACUCUUAAGAUAGUUAUGAAAAGGUCAAAGUUCAGUCUCUCAGGAGAGUUAAAUUGAGAUCUUAGAGCAUCUUUUUUAUUAUACUUUGUAUUUAUGUAUAUUACUGUUUUUGCAAGGUUUUUUUUCUAGUCUGUACAGUAAUACUUACUGAAUAACAAUGUUGAAUAUUUUUUAUAUACUAAAGGGAUAUACUAAACAUCAGAUUACUGUAUACUAGUAUAAUUAUUCUUUACUGCAGUCUGUACAUUAAAAAUGUAUAAAUAAACUGUGAUAUUAUUACAUAAUGAUAAUGGACAAGUUGUUGUUAUUUCAAUACAAAACUC